CGGGCCCCCCGGCAGGCGCCGGGCCCCCAGGAGGGGCGACGGGCGCCGGGCCCCCAGGCGGAGCGGCGGGCGCCGGACCCCCAGGCGGAGCGGCGGGCGCCGGACCCCAGGCGGAGCGGCGGGGCGCCGGACCCCCAGUCGUCUGGCAAGACUGCGGGCACCGAGUCGUCUGGCAAGACUGCGGGCACCGAGUCGUCUGGCAAGACUGCGGGCACCGAGUCGUCUGGCAAGACUGCGGGCACCGAGUCGUCUGGCAAGACUGCGGGCACCGAGUCGCCUGGCAAGACUGCGGGCACCGAGUCGCCUGGCGGAAACAGCGGGCACCGAGUCGCCUGGCGGAACAGCGGGCACCGAGUCGCCUGGCGGAACAGCGGGCACCGAGUCGCCUGGCGGAACAGCGGGCACCGAGUCGCCUGGCAAGACUGCGGGCACCGAGUCAACUGGCGGAACAGCGGGCACCGUGCGGGCACCGAGUCCUCUGGCUUGACAGCGGGCAUCGGGUCACCAGGCAUCAGGUCAUUUGGCUCGCCAGCGGGCACCGCGUCAUCUGGCAAGGCAGUGGGCACCGAGUCACCAGGUACGACAGCGGGCUCUGAGUCAAUUGGCACGACAGCGGGCACCGGAUCAUCUGGAUCAACAGCGGGCAUCGAGUCAACUGGCCUAAUAGGAUCAUCAGGCUGGAUCAGUUCAUUAUGCUGGGUAGAGGCAUCCGGC